GGCCAACCUCCUCCGUCCGUCGUGCUGAAAGAGAGAAAGCAGGCCAAAUGGGGGAGUACUAGCGAGGGGAAAAAUCAACUAUCUAUGUGAUUGUAGGCACAUAGGCCUAUGUGUGUUCUGUGGAUCUUCAAAUGUGCAAUACGCGUUUAAGGAAAUACUGUUGUAAUAGUUUACAUUUACAUUCAAAGAUGGCGAGAUCGUGUCAAAGAAGACGACUGAGGGCUUGAGUUAUUGGUUCUUCGGACACGGAACUUGGAACACCAAAGGUGAAAAAUGACAGAGUACAAGCUGGUGGUAGUGGGAGCUGGUGGCGUGGGCAAGAGCGCACUCACCAUCCAGCUUAUCCAGAACCAUUUUGUGGACGAGUAUGACCCCACCAUAGAGGACUCUUACAGGAAGCAGGUGGUGAUUGACGGCGAGACGUGUCUGCUGGACAUCUUGGACACUGCAGGUCAGGAGGAGUACAGCGCCAUGAGGGACCAGUACAUGCGGACGGGGGAGGGCUUCCUCUGCGUCUUUGCCAUCAACAACACAAAGUCCUUCGAAGACAUUCAUCACUAUAGGGAGCAGAUAAAGAGAGUGAAGGACUCUGAGGAUGUCCCCAUGGUCCUGGUGGGGAACAAGUGUGACCUCCCAUCCCGCACUGUGGACACCAAGCAGGCCCAGGACCUUGCCCGCAGCUACGGAAUCCCAUUCAUUGAGACAUCAGCCAAGACGAGACAGGGUGUUGACGAUGCGUUUUACACAUUAGUUCGGGAAAUCCGGAAACACAAAGAGAAGAUGAGCAAGGAGGGCAAGAAGAAGAAGAAGAAGACCAAGACCAAGUGUAUACUUAUGUGAAGAAUGUUUCCCUUAACAGUAUGGCAUCAGAUGGAAUAUGUUCAAGAAAUGCAUUUUGUACACUACACUAAAUUAUUAGCUUCUUCUGAAUACAGCGAGGAAUCUCCCCCCAACCCCAACCCCCCCCCCCUCCAAUUGUUUUCUGGAAAUAAAUAAGCUUUAUUUCCUGUUCGGUGCCAGUUGCCCUAAAGUGUUGGUCCUCCAUCACUAUUUUAGCAUAACGGGUAGUAUUUUAGAUUGGGGUGGAAAGAGGGUAUAGUUUUUUUUUUUAAGUGAAAUCUGUUUUUUUUGUUUAUAAUAAUAAUAAUAAUAAUAAUACAUUGUUUUUGUUUUAAACGAAAUAAUGGCUUUAAUCCAGUCUCACCCCUUGAUUCAAAAUGAGUAGAAAGGGGUGUUUUUGUUAUUUAAUCUGAACACAUCCGUAUUUCUACUGCUAGUUAUUUUAAUCAGCUUAAAGGUGUAAGGAUAAAUCUUGAGGAGGGCCAACACUUUCAUGGGUACAUCCUCAUAUCCCUAGCACUGUGUACUGGCUACGCCCUUUUCAGGAAUGUCAAGGACUCAUUAUGGCUUGCUGUUUUCAAUAUCUAACUUUCGAGGCUUUGAUCAUUUGUGGGUGGUGAUUUUUUUUAAAUUUUAUUUUAUUAUUAUUAUUAAUAUUAUUAUUUGCUGAAACCCUUAAAAUGCAUGUUCUCUUGGUAGACAUGUUCUAAUUCUAUAUUGUGCAGCCUUUACAAUGUCCGGUGAUGAAAGUGAUACGACUCAAGUCGGCUAUGCCUCAGCAAGUAUUUGAUGAUAAGGAAUAUGAUGAAGAUUAUGGUAAUAGUAAGAUGAUGAUGAUGGCAACGGUUUGGAAGAUGAGAUGCUUGAGAGGGAUGAGGUGUUCUUGCAGGUCCUAUACCCUCUGCUGGGACGGGGCUUCCACUCACCUGCAUUAAAAGCUCAUGAUCAAAUCUGAAGGGAUUGUCCACACAAGCAGCAGAGAGUGAAAGCAUCAGGUCUUCCACCGGUCUGACUGGACUGCGGAGAGGUUCUCGGGGGUCGUGUAGAAAAGACCCCCUCCUGGGUUUAAGCCAGUAUGUGUCCUCUGGAACACACCAAAAUGGCCUGAAGAUGGUGCAUGAGAUUUCAUUUGGGGUCUUUUUUUUUUGUAGCAACAAGGAAAUGUGAGCAACUCACUCCAUAACAGUUUCAGAUAGUUAUGAAAUGUAAUUCUGCUUUUUUUUUGUUUGUUUUUAAAGUUAUUUCCGCUGCCAUAGAACAGUUAUUUACUGUGUUUUUAAAACCCAGAACAAACACACUCAUUUAUAUCAGCGUAUAUAUUGCUGAUUGUCUAAAAGCAAUAUAUUUUCACCAAAUUCUCUUUGUGGAUCUUCCUGGGCUGCCUUCUGUGAGAUAUAGGGUUUAAUAAUGUAUUAUAUUUGUUUUACCCCAAAGGAUUGAUGUUUAGGAUCGUCUCACUUUAAAUCUAAUUUUCCAUGUUCUGAGGCCCUUUACCAUUGCCUUAUUUGAUACUUUGCGAACCACACAAAACAUAACGGCCAAUUUAACUGUAACAGUGAAACUGGAUGAUCAUUUUGUAAACAAAAGUGCUGUACACAUACUAUUGAAUCAAGGACAGUUGUUACCAAAAAAACGAUUCAUUUUAUCAACUUGAUUUUGUAACCUACUUUCCCAUUUUAAGGUGAGAUUAAUUUACAGCAUGAAAUUUCCUUUUGACAUGUUUUAAAGUGCUCAUUUGUUUCUUUCUUUGUCUUUCUGUGUGCCAAUGCCAGAUCUCUCAAAUCAGUUAGUUACAUCUGCAGUGAAUUCAAACAAACCUUUGUACAGUUGUGAUACUGAAAGAUGCAUAUUUUGUAAAUUGUGCUUCGUUUUGUUGUGUGUCGAAAUGAAUGUCACUAUUAGAGUUGAGAAUCCACUUUAUCGUGUUUUGUGAGGGGAGUGAGUGGUUUGGGUCUGGGAGGCACGAAUGACCGCUGUUCGACAUGUCUUUGAGCAAUGCUCCGUGUGGUGAAAAAUCAGACUAUUUUUUUGCCACGAAUCUCACCACUCCUACGUAAUGUGUAAUAAAGCUGAAGAAAUAAAAAUAACGGAGGCUAAAUUAAAA